ACAUAUAUAGUAAAUUUGUGACGUAGAGCAAUGGUUUUUAGAAUCUCGCAUCUCUCUUCUAUGCUCUUUUUUCAUUCUUUUCAAGAGUUAUUGCAUCAGUUACAUUAUUGAUCGAGUAAUUCACAAGAACAAAUUAAUUUCGUACUUCUCACAAUGAUGAAAGUUGAUCCAUCGUUUCUCAAAGGACUAAUAGUACCAGUAUUUACACCAUUCCAGUUAAAUGAUACACUUUCUCUGAACCUCGAGAUUAUUCCAGAAUAUGCAAAAUUUCUGGCAAAACAAAAAAUCACAGGUGUACUGAUUGGUGGGACAGUUGCAGAAGGUCAGGCUUUGUCUUUGAACGAAAGAAAAGCUCUCACUGAAGAAUGGGUUAAAGCGUCAAAAUUGGAAAAAUUGCAUUUAAUGGUUCAAGUUGGAGGUGCACCACUUCCUGAUGUUUUAGAAUUGGCAAAACAUGCUGAAAGUUUAAAAGUAGAUUCAUUGCUUACAUUACCGGAAGUUUAUUUUCGUCCUACCAAUGGAAAGGAAUUGGCAACUUAUUUACGACUUGUAUCCAAUGCAGCUCCAAAAACUCCUUUAUUUUAUUAUUACACACCAAGAAGAGCUCCUGUAAAUGUGAACAUUGUCGAAUUUAUGGAAAAUUAUGGAAAUGAAAUUCCAACACUCGUUGGUUUGAAAUACACAUUUACCGAUUUAGCGGAAGCCAAUCAAUUACUUGAAAUUAAAUGUAAAAAAAUUAUUGUCACUUUUGUCAAUGAAGAGUUAACAUAUCUGGCAUGCGCUUUAGGAGCGGAAUCUUUCAUGUUGCCAAUGUCAAGUUUAUUGACAAAACUUUGUCUAUCAAUUCCAGAAGCAUGGAAAUUUAAAGAUCUUGAGAAAGCGCAAAAUAAUCAACAGCUUCUUACAAAAGCUUUUCAUAUUUUUAAAAAAUACGGUCACGGACCCCAUGGCGUAAAGCUGGCGAUGAAUCAUUUGACACCUUUUAAUUUUGGUGAUUCUCGAAUUCCAUGGAAUCGUUUCUCCUCCGAGGAUGAAUUAAAAAUGAUGAAAGAAUUAAAGGCUGAGGUCCUCGAUAAACUUGAAUCUCUGAAUUUGAAAUAAAUGUUUUGUAAUUUUAUUUAUUUUUUUUUUGUUGCAAUUUCACACUUUUUUGAAUUUAAUUUUAAUUUUAUAAAUAAAUAAUUUUUUUUUCAAAUCAACUUUAAAAUUUAAAAUUAUUGCCUGUAAAAAUGUUAUAAAUAUAUUUAAUAAAAUAAAUAAUUAAAAUUUA